CCCAGCGCCAAUGACGAGCGCUUGGCAAGCUAUCAACAUCCAGUAGUUCUCAAGCAGAGGUAGACUGCGAUAAUUACAGCAACCAGUGGGCGCGUCGCGGUUUGCUCUAGCGUCGAUUGAGAGACUCCAAAAAUGUCCAUUGCGCAACAUAUAAGUGAGCGUUUCAAUCGGAAUGGGCAGGACCUUCAUGCAACUUCAACCCAUUCAGUUAUAAUUCAUCUCUCCCAAGAAAAGUCCGCUCUGUGUUCGACCAAAGCAGAUUAUUUUUCUUUGAAGAAGCUUUGAUAGAGAUAUACCUCAAGAUGAACGCCCUCAAACGCAAACUUCGGUCCCUGGUCGAUUCCGCUAUGAAGACUGCGUCCGGACCGAAGCGCCUAUUGAACUUCGACCCCAGUACUCCCGGUCGCCGCGUGUGGCCAGCGGACAACCCAAGGAAGAAUGCGGAGUGGGAAAUUAGGCUGGAUGCCGGAGAGCCGAAGAAGGACAACCCCGACUUGGUUGCCGUGAACCUUCAGAUAAAUAGGGAGGCAAAGACUAGUGUUCUCAAGAGCUUACUCAAAGCGAAUGGUUCUCAUCACACGUAUGCUACGGCAUGGGUCAAUGUCAAGGAGGCCCCAACACAGCAGGCGGCGGACAAACUUGCCAACGACUUGAUUGACGACAUCGAGAACGACAACUGAGCUCCGCGAUAUGUUCCCAGUAGGUGUGAGCUUCGAAAUCGGAAGGUUGGCUGGGGUGCGUGAAUUUCAUUUGUCGGGAUUGAGCUUUUGCUUUCUCUUACAUAUUUUGUGAUCCGCAGCCCAAUUGAUAUAGCACAGACAUGGGAGCGGGAGUCCGAGCUCUAUAGUUGAAUAUUGCCAUUCUAGUAAGCAUGACUUACUGUUUGUUUUUGUGUGACUAUCUUGUGCAACUCUUGGACCGCGAGCUCCAGUAUUCCACAGAUAUCGAUGGGAUAUACCGGGACCGUUGUUGUUUCAGUGCUUGGCGUCAAGGUAGCUAUCAAAGGUUGUGACGACUGUGUUGGAAGAGCUCUGAUAUUUAUUUGUGGGGCUAUCGAUGCAGGAGCGGCGUUAGUGCAGCUUAAAACUAAAGAUUAUGUGUUCCCGCAGUUAUGGAUCUGGGUCUUGACAGUUGGCUUCUUGAUAAUUUGAG